AUGAUCCGGCGAAGCCCUAACCCCUCGAGGCUCCUCUGCUCGCUCCGAACCCUAACCCUAGCUCCUGCUCCACCGCCGCAGCACCACCAGCUCCAGCAGCGCGCGCCGGUGAGCGGCACCGCCAAGGGCAAGGUGUCGGGUGUCUAUACAUAUAAUGAAAGCCCAGUUCUACUGUGGCCAACGUGUCGCUUUCUCGGCGCCCCGCUCCUCUCGCGCCCCUUCGUCGCGUCCCCGCGUUUGGCGGGGGCUUCGGUGGCCCCCACAGCGGGCGGGCGGCAGCGGCGGUCACAUGUGCGGGACCCCACAGUGGGCGGGCGGCAGCGGCUGGCGUCGGGCGGGCGGCGGGCGCCUACGUGUCGCCUCGCCAGCGCGCGCUGCGCACAUGGCAGGGCCCCCUGGCUCUCUCUCUCUCUCUCUCUUUCCCCGCGCGGGGGGUGCGGGUCGCCCGCAGAUGGCGGGCCCCUCCGCCGCUCCCCCCGUCUCUCUCUCUCCCUCCGUGAGCGGGGGGUGCGGGUCGCCCGCAGCCCUCCUCUCUCCGAUCCGGGCCCCCACCUCCUCCUCUCUCUGAUCCGGGCCUCCCCUGUCGGGUGUUUGUCAGGCCCUACCCUGACCUCCUCCUACGUCCAACGCGGAGGGUCGCGCUUCUCCCCACAGCUCCCGCAAACCUCGGGCCUUUGUCACCCUGCUACGGUAAAAACUCUUUCCUUUUGGCUUUCCCUUAGCAUGAAUUUCAAGGAAAAAAAGAUGGUAUACCCUGGAAUCUGGAAGUCUCUUUUUGGUUCCUGCAGGUUUGCUAUGUCUUCCUGGUUGCAGUUGGCGCUUUGUUGUUCUUCAUAGUUCUGUCCUAUAUCUACUUGCCCUCCUAUUUUCUCGGUCUUUGCCUUCCCCUCUUUUCGCCCAUUGCUAUGAUGACCUUCCCCUAGAAUGCCUGAUGGUUGCGAUAAUUGAAAGGACCCUGGGCCUUCUUGGUUGGUGAUGAGAGUACUUUGUGCAUGCUAUGAUGACUACCUCUUGAAUGUCCACUUUCACCCGUUUCCCUUCCAUGCUAUGCUGAUUGGAACCUUGAAUGUUAGAUGGUUGCGAUGAUUGAGAGAGGCCUACGCUUUCUUGAUUGGUUAUGAGAGGACUUUGGGUGGCUUGCUUCCUAGGCAACCAGUCGUUCUCAUUUCUACUGACCAUAGUUUUGGUGUGCGCAUAGGUUCAAACUCAGAUAGCGGUACUAACCAAGAAGGCUUUGUCGCCAGGCUCAUAAUAUUUGAUGACCGGGGGAGUCUGAGCAGAGUAUAUAUAUUUAUUAC